AUGCAUUUCAAAUUUCUUGCUGUUGCGGCAUUAAGCCUUGUUGGUACAGCUGCUGCACAAGGCCGGAUAGGCGGUAGUAUUUGUGAUUAUUAUACCACUACUUUGUUUAAAGACAAUACUGCCUCCAAUCAACAGAAACUAUUGAUCCACGUAGUCAAUAGGGCUCUUAUUGGUAAUAUGGGAGAUCAACCAGCCCCUAGUGUCAAUGUCCCCGGUAUUCUCACCAACGGAACUUAUAACGGUAUCAAAGUCAGUUUGUUGCCAUACUUCAACGGUGCGCUCGUCUCUACCAACGGAGGGAACAAACCAUUUUCUGUCAACUUUCUCGAUGGAGGAGGAGCAGACAGUCUUCGUAAUUACCAGCCUGCCAAUUCUGAUACAACCAAUCAAUAUUUCCUCUUGACCCAUCUCUACCAGUACUUUGGCGUACUACUUUCAUGCUCUAAACAGGGUGGCACUGAUUUCCCAGCAUAUUCUGGUUCUGCAUCUCAGUAUAACCUACAUAAGUUCAUGUAUCUCUCUGAUGCUGAAGUCAAUUAUUUCAUCAAACAAGUUGCAUUGUCCGCUGCAUCCUUUGGUGUUUCUGAAUCAGAUCUUAUGACCAUCGGUCUCUCACUCCAAGAGUCAUUUGGAUACCGUUGCCUGCCACCAACGACUGUUAUUCCCAAACAAGGACGUCAAUUGCAAUCAAUUUGCACAGAUAAUACAUGCCCUCUAGCGCCAAACAAUACUUGUGACUUCUACGAUCAAACAGUCUCCAAGCCUAAAUCAUCUAACAUAUCACCUAGCACUGGCUCGAGCACUGGGACUGGGAUUGGGACUAGUACCGGAAAUGCUACCAUGGCUAGCGGCACAUAUUCGCCAUUGGGCUCUGCAUCUGCUACCGCUAAUGCCACCAAUCCACCUUCAGGUCUCGGAUCCGCAACGGUAGCCAAUGGCGUAGGUUCGCCCUCUAGUCCUGGGUCUGCAAAUCAUAUCAACAGUACUGUGACUGCUCCCAAACCAACUCAAGUCACAGCAGGUGCUGCCACUCUUGGUUUGAGUUUUGCUGUCAUUGCUGGUGGUCUUGCUGCAUGCUUCUUAUAG